GAGAGAGAGAGAGAGAGAGAGGCUUAGAGAGAGAAACAAGGGUUGAGAGCUCAGAGAGAGAGAGAGAGAGAGGGAGGGAGUGAGAUCGGCCAUGGCUUCCACCAAAGAGAGAGAGAACUACGUCUACACUGCUAAGCUCGCCGAACAAGCCGAGCGCUACGAUGAAAUGGUGGAGGCGAUGACCAAAGUAGCGAAGCUUGACGUGGAGCUCACCGUGGAGGAGCGAAAUCUGCUUUCGGUUGGGUACAAGAACGUGAUCGGAGCUCGUAGGGCUUCGUGGAGAAUACUGUCAUCGAUCGAGCAGAAGGAGGAGGGGAAAGGGAACGAUCAGAAUGUGAGCCGAAUCAAGGAAUAUAGGCACAAGGUCGAGUCUGAGCUCUCUAGCAUUUGCAGUGACAUCAUGAGGGUUAUCGAUGAGCAUCUCAUUCCUUCCUGCACAGCUUUUGAGUCCACUGUGUUUUUCUACAAAAUGAAGGGAGAUUAUUAUCGCUAUUUGGCAGAGUUUAAGACUGGUGAUGACAGGAAAGAGGUUGCUGAUCAGUCAAUGAAAGCUUAUCAGGCAGCUUCUAGUAAAGCAGAGACAGACUUACCUCCUACACAUCCCAUCAGACUGGGUUUGGCCUUGAACUUCUCUGUCUUUUAUUAUGAAAUCUUGAACUCUCCUGAAAGAGCCUGUCACCUGGCAAAGCAAGCUUUUGAUGAAGCCAUCUCAGAAUUGGAUACUUUGAGUGAGGAAUCAUACAAAGAUAGCACAUUGAUCAUGCAGCUCUUGAGGGACAACCUUACGUUGUGGACCUCUGACAUUCCAGAGGAUGGAGCUGAGGAAGCCCAGAAGGUGGAUGUCUCUGCUAAGCCUGGAGGUGAAGAUGCAGAGUGAAUUGAAGCGGACCAUGGCUAGGCAUUGUGUAAUUUGUGGAUGGAGAAAGUUGAUGCAUGGUCUACUUUAGGGUGCUUUUUUUCCCUUUUCCAAAGUGAGAUUCUAGUUAAUUUCGUCAUCUUGUUAAUUUUGGGAUUGUAGUUUGACCUUACUGUUAGUCGCAUUUGCAACCCCGAAUUCAUCUGUCCACGUUGUUGACCUAAUGUAAAGGCUUUCUUAUCCACAUCCAAUCCUCUGUUUGUUGAGAAUGUUUCACCUUUUAGCUGGGGUAUUGUUACAAUCAAAUUGUCAUGCUUUAUCUGCGGAAUGUAUGGUAUUUUGCUGUUUGCGUUC